AACGGUCAGCCCUCGUACACGCAUUUCAACGAAAGCCAGACAACCCCUGUGUGAGACUUGCUCUACCUCCAGACAAAAUGAGGGAAAUUGUGCAUCUUCAGGCCGGCCAGUGCGGAAACCAGAUUGGUGCCAAGUUCUGGGAGGUGAUCAGUGACGAGCAUGGCAUUGACCCAACUGGAACCUACCACGGAGACAGUGACCUGCAGCUGGACAGGAUCAAUGUCUACUACAAUGAGGCCUCUGGUGGUAAAUAUGUUCCUCGUGCUGUGCUGGUUGAUCUGGAGCCGGGCACUAUGGAUUCAGUGAGGUCCGGACCCUUUGGUCAGGUCUUCAGGCCAGAUAACUUUGUUUUUGGCCAGAGUGGUGCUGGUAACAACUGGGCCAAAGGUCAUUACACAGAGGGUGCAGAGCUGGUGGACUCUGUCCUAGAUGUGGUGAGGAAGGAAGCUGAAAGCUGUGACUGCCUGCAGGGUUUCCAGCUCACACACUCCCUGGGUGGUGGUACUGGUUCUGGUAUGGGUACUCUGCUUAUCAGCAAAAUCCGUGAAGAAUACCCUGACCGUAUCAUGAACACCUUCAGUGUGGUGCCCUCCCCCAAAGUAUCAGACACAGUUGUUGAGCCCUACAAUGCCACACUAUCAGUCCACCAGCUCGUAGAAAACACAGAUGAGACCUACUGCAUCGACAAUGAAGCUCUGUAUGACAUCUGCUUCCGUACCCUCAAGCUCACAACUCCCUCAUAUGGUGACCUCAACCACUUGGUCUCUGCUACCAUGAGCGGCGUCACCACCUGCCUCAGGUUCCCUGGACAGCUCAACGCAGACCUGCGUAAACUGGCCGUCAACAUGGUGCCAUUCCCCCGUCUGCACUUCUUUAUGCCAGGCUUCGCUCCCCUCACAAGCAGAGGCAGCCAGCAGUACAGAUCCCUCACUGUGCCAGAGCUCACUCAGCAGAUGUUUGACGCCAAGAACAUGAUGGCUGCCUGCGACCCACGCCAUGGCCGCUACCUUACAGUUGCUGCCAUCUUCAGAGGCCGCAUGUCCAUGAAGGAGGUGGAUGAGCAGAUGCUGAACGUGCAGAACAAGAACAGCAGUUACUUCGUUGAAUGGAUUCCCAACAAUGUCAAGACCGCUGUCUGCGACAUUCCUCCCCGUGGCCUCAAGAUGGCUGCCACAUUCAUUGGCAACAGCACAGCCAUCCAGGAGCUGUUCAAGCGCAUCUCUGAGCAGUUCACAGCCAUGUUCAGGCGCAAAGCUUUCCUCCACUGGUACACAGGUGAGGGUAUGGAUGAGAUGGAGUUCACUGAGGCUGAGAGCAACAUGAACGACCUGGUGUCAGAGUACCAGCAGUACCAGGAUGCCACCGCUGAGGAGGAGGGAGAGUUUGAGGAGGAGGGUGAGGAGGAGCUGGCUUAAAUGUCUAACUUUUUCCCUUUUGCUGUCAAAUCUUUGCAGUGAAAUAUAACGUUCCAAGUCUUUUUCAGUGUUCUGUUUAUGUUAAUAAAGUCCUCAAGCAUAUUUGAAUCCUG